CCCGGAGCUCAGGACAUGUCCGCGGACGCAACUAAAGAGGGUUGAGAGCGAUGAGAGGCGAUCACAAUAGAGGCGGAGAAAAAGUGAGCAGUUGGGGAUCCCACUCGCCUAGGAUAGGCAGGCGCUCAGGACGUCAAGAUCGAGGGGAUGAUCUAGAGGAGAGAGAUCAGGUGCGAACUGUUGAUAUUGGGGGGAUCCUCUCUACAGGUGAUGUUGGGGAGGAGGUCUUACCAGUAGGAUCCCAGAGGCAGGAUGACUCAUCUAUCCCUGAGAUUGGGACAUCGCAAGUACCAGAAGCAUAUCAAGGUGAGACUGGGAGUAGAGGUUGUGAUCGUGGAGGUGCGCCUGAGGCAGAUGGGAGUACUCAGCCUACGCUCAUACAGGAUGGGGAGGAGGCUUCCCUACAGCUUGUGUUGACGACUGUUCCAGACCAGCCUACUAGGAUUGAUACCUCGAAGAGGGCGGUUUCCGAUACUGCAUCGGAGGAUAGGAGGGAUAGGCCUUAUCGAUGGAGAGACACACAGGACACGGCAUUAGAUCUCCCGCAAGGGGAGCUACAACUCAUGAUAGAGCCUGCCACGAUAGGACCGAUGCAGGAGCACGAGGGACCUGACCUCACCUCCAACGAAGUUGAGGAGAGUGAUCCUCAGUGUCACCAAAUGAACAUGCAUGGCCCUAAUGACAGGAGGUGUAUGAGAGAGGAUACUUUGAGAAACGUCAUUUGGCCACGGUAUGAGCAGCAUCAGCAUGAGUUAGAGCUCAGAGCGGCAUCUGAACGACCUCAGGUGAAGGUCCUAGCACACGGAGAUGGAGCCCACGAGGGGCCUCAGCCUGAGCAGGUACAGGAGACGACACUGAUGCAUGGUGAGCUAGGGCACCGUAGGCAGAGGGUUCAGCCUCAGUCAGAGCCAGCGAUGGAGGAUGGUGAGAGAGGUGCGAGGGGACCCUCAUCAUUGGAUGGAUUGUCAUUACUAAGCGAGAGUCGAUUGGUUGCGCAGCCAACUGAGAUUGAGGGUUCAUUGACUGCCCAGCUAUAUGACAUGGAGUCUCCUCGGAUGCAGGUACAACAGGACGUAUCCCAACCAUCGGCCAUAGAUAUAGAGACAGAGCAGGUUGAGGCCGAGGUUAUGGGGUUAGGCACGGAGACUCCCACGGAGGGCAUACAGACCUGGCGAGUGGAGUCGUCACCUCUAGAUUUCGGGGCUACUCCUCAGCGAGAUGGAGGUCAGAGGGAGACUAGCAUGAGAGGCCAAGUUGAGGCAGGUCCGGAGCAUACCCAGGAUGCAUUCAUGACUCAUGAGGAGGAGAGCUGGCCAGAGUUCGAUAGAUCACGAGCCUGUCAGGAGGGAUGUGUGGCGAGCCGAGGAGAUGGGACGGAUACCAUCGUUACAUUUUCCAGAGGAGUGCAUGACAGAGUUGUUUGCCCCGCCUUCCAGGUUGACCUCAGGAGGCGAGUCGUGCAGUUCGAUGGACAAGGGCUACUUAGGGAUAUGCGUGGCGCUCGUCUUCUGACAAGGCGUCACGGUGUUAAGAGAGUCGUGUAUGACAAGCUAGGCCUGGAGCUGAGGAGGAUGAGUGACAGAUUACAUGUCCACGAGACGCAUGAGGUGUCAGACUAUGAGAUCAAAGAGAAGAUCAAUGAGAACGAGGUGAUUGUUACGAAAGAUAAGCCGUUGGGCUCGUUCCAUAUUAUUAUCUUCUACUUUGAGGGCUCCAAGGCAUAUACUUGUAUUACCGCAUGACUUGUAUAAUGGGAGUUUCACUCCAGGCGUCGGGUUUAGAGCCAUGUACUAUACAUAAUUGGUGAUUAGACUUAACUCCCGUUUAA